AUGUCUGAUAGCGAGUCAUAUUCCGAGCGCGAGCCCAACGCUUUCGACGAGGAGUCAUCGGACGGUCUCUUUGACUCCGAUGGUGAAGCGGCAGGGCCUGGUGCCGAGGGCGGGAGCGAUACCGACGUCGAGAUACUCGGCGAAGGGCCCAGCUCUAUCCCGACGCACGGAAUCGGAAAGGGACUGAUGACCGCUCCCAUUCCGUUGUCCAUCGUCUACAGUGACGGCCGCCACGUGGGCCUCGGUAUGCCCGGGGAGGCGAGCGGUAGCCGUCAAUCGGACGCCUCCACUUCCGGUCGUGGAGAGUCGGUAGCCAAUCCGCCAUCUGGGCCCAGGGUAUCGGUAGUGUACCCAAGCAAUCCCAGGGUGCCCAUGGGGGUGCCGAAGGAAAACUUAUUCGGCGUGGACUAUCUUGGGCCGAACAAGAUUACCGAUCGGGAGAUCGCCAAGCUUCGAGCAGAGUACCACAUUCCCGACUCGGUACGGAUGAGGAUCCCGGGUCCCUACCGAAUCCCUCAGUGCGCCGAAGGACGGCGAAGUAGUUUUCUUUACCGACGUCCUUGUGCAAGGCGUUCGGUUGCCGUUGCAGCCGGCGGUGCAGAGGAUUCUAGCCCAGAUCGGCUACGCCCCGGGGCAAUUCAACCCCAACUUUUGGGUGGCUCUCAUGGGAGUCAUAACCGCCUUCGGUAUGGCUGGCGAAGGGAGCCCCUCCUACGAGCAGUUCUCCCACCUCUACAGUGUCACCAAGUCCAAAGUGUGCCGAUCACGGUGGAUGGGUGCAGGCGAACUGCCUCAGGGCUACCGAUCGAGGCCACUUCGUCAGUUGGGUACCGACUUCACAGAAGUCGUGGAGGAAUCGGCGGGUGCUCCUCUCGGGCGAUUGGGAGUCGCCUUCGGGACAGCCCGUCCGAUUUCGCAUUCCCACAACUUUCCAAAUGGCCGGUAGGACCACGUGCCGUUCGGUACCUUCUUCGACUGAAGCAGCCGAUCGCAACACAGGCCGAGAUUCAGCAGGUGGAGAGGGUGAGGAGGAAAGUCCCUGCCGAGGAGAGAGUGUAUCCGCAGUUCCUCUUCACCGCCAAUCUGAUCCGAGCCCAACUGAUCGAUCCUGCCGAGAGUAAGUACACUUCGUAUUUACAAUCGUUUCUUUUCUUCUGUUGCGGGUCUUACCGAACCCCUUUUCUCGCAGUGACGGAAGACAGGAGAGCUGCCGAGGCCAAGAGGAUGAACGAGUCCUCCAAGCGCCGUCUCAUGAUGGGCUUCCAGGGGAAGAAGAAGAAAACCCAGCCGCAAGGUUCGGCAUCGGUAGACCCUGAGGACCAGACGUUGGCCGACCGUCUCCGUGAGCUUAACGCCGAUCGGCACAGACCAGAGCGGCAGCUGCCGACCCUUCUCCCCGCCGAGGCACUCACUACCGAAGGGACUUCCUCCCGUGCCGCCGGCAAACGGCCUUUCACUGUCGACCUGGAUGCCGAACCGGCCCCAAAACGCGGACGGCAGGCUGAGCCGACUCGGGCUAUUUUGCGGCCGAUAAUGACGAGGAGCCUGCCGAUCCCGUCACCCUGGCCUGUCCGUCGAAGGCGGUCCAGUUCGCGAACCAUAUGA